AGUUCGUUGGCCACGUGGACGAUGAGCCGAUGACGUGUGCGGUGCGUGACCACUGAAUCUCCUCUCGCACACUUUUGCCGCCGCACAAGCCCACCACCGUCACUCCCCCACCCGCGCCGCGCUCUUCCACCGGACUUCCGGCGGCCGAUGCGAUGCCGGCACUGUUGCGGCCCGCCGUGCUGCCCGUGUGCGCCGUGACUAGCGGCGGCGGCGGGGGCAACGACAAGUGGGCGCCGCGGCAGCAGCGGUCGUGGUGGGGGAGGAGCAAGCAGAGCCUGCCGCACCAGCCGGGCGGGAGAGGAGGCGGCGGGGCCCUGGACCAGGUGCUCGGCGUGCUCCGCCGCGACGGCGAGUUCCUCCAGGCCGCCGCCGCCGGCGGCCAGCUCCGCGACGCCCUCUGGCUCCGCUUCCUCGAGAAGAAGAAGAAGCAGCAGCAGCAUCAGAGGGGGAAGCAGCCGAAACCUAAGCCCGUGAACGAGGAGGAGGCGGCGCCGCCGCCGCCUCGACCCGCGGCGUUCCCAGCCUACCCGCCAGGUUUGUCUUGCGUGGAGCUGGUGAUGGCCGAUCUACAAGCCCUCAAGGUGUACGCUGAUUCGUCGAAGCAGGAGUUCCUUCUGCGAUUCCUCGGAAGCAAGCAGCAGCAGCAGCAGCCUCAAUCCGAACGACAAUCCGCUAAACCCAAACCCGUUUUCAAGAAACAACUUAAACCCAAACCCAAACCCAAACCCAAACCCGAUGAACAGCAGAAACAGCAGCAGGCGCUUCAGGCCCCGGCGUUCCCUCCCCAUUCCUACCCACCAGGGAUGUCUUGUAUGGAGCUGAUGAUGGCCGAUCUUGAUGCCCUUAAGUUGUACGUCAACUACUUCUUGGCCAUUCUCACCACUCCUCUGCCCCAGCAUUAUGACCCCGAUCUCCUCGCUCAGUACUUUGUCUCGCGGCCUCAUAUCCUUGUAUUUCGCAUGGUUGAAAUACUGUUUGCAUUCCUUGUGGGUGCGGUAAAGGUGCAAAUGUUCAAAAGAGCCAACCUCGCCACAGAUGCUACCCACAGCAGUAGUGUCAGCAACAAGGGUUUCAAUGCUUCACAAUACAUGGUUGGACAGCUUCUCAAGGAUACUUUUAUUGACCUUGGGCCUACUUUUGUGAAAGUUGGACAAUCCCUCUCAACAAGACCUGACAUUAUAGGCUCGGAGAUUUCUGAGGCACUUGCUGAGUUGCACGAAAGAGUUCCUUCUUUCCCAAGGGAGGAUGCAAUGGAGAUCAUUGAGGGAGAAUUUGAGCGCCCUGUUUCGCAAGUUUUCAGUUACAUUUCGGAUGAACCUGUUGCUGCAGCUUCCUUUGGACAAGUUUACCAGGGACGCACGAUUGAUGGUGCUCUCGUGGCCAUAAAGGUCCAGCGGCCUAACCUUCUUCCUUCUGUAUUGAGGGACAUCUACAUUCUACGGCUUGGGCUUUCUCUUGUGAGAAAAGUUGCAAAGCGAAGAAGUAACAUUUCCCUGUAUGCUGAUGAGUUGGGUAGAGGUUUUGUUGACGAGCUGGACUACAAUAUUGAAGCUGCUAAUGCUACUAAGUUCCUGGAAACUCACUCCAGAUAUUCAUUUAUAGUGGUUCCAAAGAUUCUCAAACAACUUACUAGGAAGAGGGUUUUGACUAUGGAGUGGGUGGCUGGUGAAAAUCCUAGGGAAUUGCUUUCUUUGUCUAAAGGAAUUUCUGGUAACACUACUGCAUUGUCAGAGAAGCAGAAGUUGGAAGCGAAAGGCCGCCUUCUUGACCUGGUCAAUAAAGGUGUUGAGGCAUCACUAGUGCAGCUCCUUGAUACAGGCUUGAUGCAUGCUGAUCCUCAUCCUGGGAAUUUGCGUUAUACACCUGAUGGUCGUGUUGGGUUUCUUGAUUUUGGUUUGCUUUGCGAGAUGGAGAGGAAACAUAAGCAUGCUAUGCUUUCGAGCAUUGUGCACAUAGUAAAUGGAGAUUGGGCUUCUCUUGUUUACGAUUUGACUGAAAUGGAUGUUGUUCCACCAAGAACUAAUCUACGCCGAGUGACAAUGGACUUAGAGGAUGCACUGGGUGAGGUAACCUUUCAAGAUGGAAUUCCAGACAUCAAGUUUAGUAGGGUGCUUGGAAGAAUUUGGUCUAUAGCACUUAAAUAUCACUUCCGUAUGCCACCAUAUUACACACUUGUCCUGCGGUCACUUGCCUCUUUGGAAGGACUGGCCAUGGCGGGAGAUGGAACUUUUAAAACAUUUCAGGCAGCAUACCCAUAUGUUGUUAGGAAGCUUUUGUCUGAUAAUUCACUUGAGACAAGGAAGGUCUUGUAUCAGGUGAUUUUCAACAGGAGGAAGGAGUUCCAGUGGCACAAGAUAGCGGUGUUUCUAAAGCUAGCAUCGAUGAGGGGCAACUUCAGGCAAAAUACUGGGGUUUUGCCUGAGAGGAAGGGUGUGGAUGUCUCGAACCUUGCAGAGAUCAGUGAUGCGUCUUCCCUUGACGGUGCUACACCAGAAAAGGCGCUGCAUACUGCACACCUUUGUCUGAAGCUUCUGUUAUCAAGAGAUAGCAUCGUGAUAAGGAGACUAAUAAUGACAGCGAACACGAAGUCUCUUGCCCAGGACCUGAUCUCCAAAGAAGCGACGAUCUUCCGGGUCCUCCUCAGUCGGGUUCUUGCCGACGUCGUCUGCCAGUGGAUGGUCAAGGUGACUGGGCUGAAACGAGCCAGGAGGUCGACCUCAACCGCGGUGUCGUCGUUGCAGGAGGCCGUGGGAGACCGAAGGCUCAAGGUUAUAUUCUCAAAGUUUCUCAGGGAGCUAAGGCAGGAGCCUGCCUUGAUGGUCAGGGUGGGCUGGAGCAUGCUUGUUGUCUCGGCCGUAUCCACCGCCAUUGGCGCGCACCGGUUCGUUGUCCUCUUGUCGGAAGAAUACUUGCCGAUGCUGUGGACGUCUACGCCUCUGCCGCCACGGCUAGUCCGGAUUUAGAGUUUGUAAGAGAGGAUGUGAGCAGCCACUAGGCUGGGUAAAAUAUACUUGUGUCACGUGCACGCCUGUGUAUUAAGUGAAGAAGUGUACAUAGAUGUUCAACCAUCUUUGUGUAGCCAGUUUCUCUAUGAAUGUUUAGGUGAAACAGUAGGUGAGUGACAUUUUCUCCAACAUUUUUACGUAGAAAAGGGGAGGAAACACCCAGGCCUCUGCAUCGGCCCUACUUAUAACUACUUUUCCCAUUUA